AUGCCGAAUGAGUAUGGCGAAAAUAAAAAGUUUGUCAUGUCAGGUGGUCUCCACAUAGAAAUGGCUGUUUCAUCUGCAGCUUAUGCUGAUUCUUACUUUGAUCAUUCAAAGGGGAAAGCUUCUAUCACCAAUCAGUGCUUCCAGUCUGAGACAGAGCUUCUCUCAGAAAGUGCUGUUGACUUAAGCGACACUUGGUUGAACCUGGGCCUAACUAAAGAUGACCUUUCAAAGUACGGUCACCAGAGUCAAGACCUAAUUGUCCAAUGCACCUACAACAGCAAAAAUUGUUUCAGUAAUCAUACUAGUUUUCGUGUUGUUGUAUCGAAUGUUACAUCUCCAGUAUUUGGUCUUUGCCAUAGCAUUUCUGUUCGAGAUAAAAAGGAAAAUCGUGGUGUGUCAGUCAAGAAAGGAGGAACAACAAAUGGUUUGAGAUUGACUUUGAAUAUUGAACGAGAGGAUUAUUGGAAUCUGAUUUCUGCAGAGUUCGGUGUUCGAUUGCUGGUUCAUCCUCAGUUCACCUACCCAACAUUGAAGAGGGGAGGCAUCGUCAUCAGUCCCGGUAGAAGCGCCCACAUCGGAGUCAGAAGGCAUUGCAACACUUUGUGUGAGAACACGAUUUUAUUCUCCACCUGCGGUUGCUUAGAUGAGCAACCUAGGUCUGCUAAAGACAGCUCUGGGUGGAAAUUUUGCAAUCCUUGCAACAAGGAACACGCAAUUUGUCGAUCUCAAGUUUACAGAAACUUCAGUGAACUAGGAAAUGUUUGCGAUGACGUCUGCAAGCCCGCUUGUAGGUCUGUUCGGUACGAGAUCACGCUGUCGAAAUCUGAUUGGCCAAAUUUAAGUCACCAGCAGUACGUCAUGAAUCGCUCUUGGGACCAGUGGACCAGGAUUCCUCAGGCUGCUGGACUCAUGGACAUAACAACUGUUGGUGAAGAAGAGGAGGCAGACUUCGUCAAUGACACAUUUUUCAGGGAAAAUCUUUUAAGAGUUCACCUGUACAUGGAAGAAAUGAUUUAUAUGUCUAUAGAAGAGAGAUAUAGCUACACAUUGCCAAAGCUGCUGGCCGACCUGGGAGGCUGCCUAGGGCUGUACCUCGGCGUAUCGGUCGUCUCCAUUAUUGAACUAAUCGAGCUCCUGGGCAGUGCCUCCAUCGUCUGCCUGUGCCGCGAUAGACAACGGAGAACGCCGGACAGACCCGCAGACACCAGGCGCAGGCGUCGCAGGGGCAGGAGUCACCUUCCCCGGACGUCGUCCGGGCGUCCCCCUGCGUCUACUGCACAAUCCGGGAUCCGGACGGCCCUUGGAUUCUUACAGGCGAGGAAGAAAAAUAGGGACGAGAGGACGUGGAGGUAUAAUGAACUGAGGCUGUUGUCAUAA